AUGGCGUUCACCUUCGCCGCCUUCUGCUACAUGCUCACGCUCGUGCUCUGUGCUGCCCUCAUCUUCAUCGUCAUCUGGCACAUCAUCGCCUUCGACGAUCUCCGCCAAGACUUCAAGAACCCCAUCGACCAGAGCAACCCGACCAGAGCAAGGGAACGGAUACGAAACGUUGAGCGAAUCUGCAACUUGCUGCGGACUCUGGUUGUUCCGGAGUAUUGCAUCCAUGGGCUCUUCUGCCUGAUGUUCAUGUGUGCGGCUGAGUGGGUCACACUGGGCCUCAACAUCCCCCUGCUUUUUUACCACCUGUGGAGGUAUUUUCACAGACCGGCCGAUGGCUCCGAGGUCAUGUACGACCCAGUGAGCAUCAUGAAUGCAGACAUUCUCAACUACUGCCAGAAAGAGUCCUGGUGCAAGCUGGGCUUCUACCUGCUGUCUUUCUUCUACUACCUGUACAGUAUGGUCUAUACUCUGGUGAGCUUCUAGCCUUCGGAGAGCAUUGCGGAGCAGGAGGCUGAGAAAAAGAGGGAGGUCCGAGUCUCUCUCCUUUUCUCCGUCACCCAUCAGUCAGUCCGCGGACACGGCAGAGCGUAUCGUCACCCUCCCGGCUGCCGGACGGGGCGGGUGAGUAAAGGGCAAAACGACCAAGGGACGAGUUUCGGGAAGAGGGCAAAGGAUGCGACGAGGACCUGCGGGACACUGCCGAGCCGCAAGACCCUGCCAUUAGGGAGGAGGACAGAGAGGGGGCACGAGGAUCCCCAGCAGGCAGGGAGGGAACGGGAGCGACUGCGAGAGAGGAAUGCGGAAGGAGAUGAAGGAGAGCCCCCCAGGAGCACUGGUGCCAGAGAAAAGGCCGACAACCUUGGGCCGGAGCGAGAAAAUGGAAGCGAACAAUUAGCGAGCACCCACAUCUGCGUUGCGACACCGACGGGACCGCGUCGGAGACAGAUGGCCCCGACAGCCGGCGCCGGCUGCCAACACCGACGCCUGUGGAAAUUGAGCUGCUCAAAAAUCUUGACAAGACGCGGAACACGGAGCGAACGAGCGCAGCGUUGGGACCGAGCCACACGCGCAGAAUCAAGAGAUUCUAAUUAAUGCAUUCAUAACCUUCCCUGCUUUAUUCAGCGGCUGCUCGGCGGCACGCAGGAAACCGUUUUUGUCCCGCUCGACACGCUCGCAGUUUUCCAGGGGUGGAAGCCGCAUUUAAAUCUGAAUGAAGAUCAGAUGCGGCCGUGUUCCGCGUCCCAGGAGCCGCGCGCGGAUGCACCCGGGUUCGGAAGGGCGAAGACGAACGCGGUCUUUCCUUUCUCGUGCAUCCGGCGGCCCCGAGACGCCGAGGCCCUCGGCGCGUGGGAAGGGGGCGGGAGUGGGUGGUUUAUGAAGGGAGCAGGCGUGGGAGGCUUGGGAUGGAGGGCAGGUGUAGGUGGAAUGGGGGAGCUGCUGCUCAGUGCACACUCAGGUCUUCAGCCCCACUUUGGAUCAAACUCAUCUUCUUCUUUCUGCUGCAAGUGCUUAUGGGGAGAGAAGCGGAAGCCCACCUGUAGCCCACGGCUGCUCCAGAUACCUCUGCCACGCUCGCGGUUUGCAGCUUUAGCUCCGCAUCCGUGCCAUUAGAGCGCUCGGCGCAGGGAUGCCGGGUGGCCCGAGGCUGCCGUGACCGUGCCGUGGAGAGGGACGCACCGCGUCGCUGCAGCGCUCCACGUGGCAACGUAGGAUGUCCCACACGCACAGCCCUCAGCCCUCCAGAUGUGGGGGGGACGCAUAACCGCAGCCCCCGCGAGGUUCGCCAUCUUCGCCGCGGCUCGGCUCUGCUCUCCUACCGACUUGAAUGUACCAGUCGUGACAGGAUGGGUUUCCACGGACUUACUGUGGACGAGCUCCGGUUACAAUGGCGUCGAGAAAAAUAAAACGAGCGCGUCUCUCAGCCUCGGGACCGGAACCGCUCAGCUCAGACGGGCUCUCGACGCUGCGUGGCGACGCCUAAGUUAAAAGCCAUGCUGACUGUAUUUCUGAGAAAAUGCAAAAAAAAAAAAACAAAAAAAACAGAACAAAUCCAGUGACAUACAACAAUAAUAUGGCCAUCUGGGUGGAGACACGGAGUCCACUUCACAGGUGCAGCUAUCAGUCGGGGACUGAGUUUGCACAGCGGAAUAUUUCAUCGUGUCCACGAAGUGUUCGCUUCAUCCAUCCGUUCGGUCGGUCGGUCAUUGCCUUACUUGCCCAUUAGAUCGCGGAACACAUCUGAUGGUGUUGUGAACAUCUCACAAGACUGAGAUUCUUGCAGAACUCUAUUUGCACCAUAGUAAUUAAACUAAUAUAUAGUAACACCGCGACGUGUAAUACCGCAAUUUUGCCACUUUUAUACUUUACACGUUUAGAUCACGUGCUGUUCCUAGGGGCUGAAUUAUCCCAGAUUUAAAGGGUCAUAACCGAUAAAACGUACACUGUAAAUAACGAAGCGGCUUCUCCGAAACUUGGGAAGAGAAACGGAGAAGCGGACGCUGUACGGGUGUCGCCGACUAGGAGCGUGCGGCACGCAAGUGCCGCCUGCUUCGGCUCGGCACCUUCCCCGAGAUCUCUUCGAAGCUCCGUGCGGACGGAAUGCCGCUCCUCUUCGAACCCGUUGCGUCGCGGACGGAAGCGGGGCAUCCCGGACGCAAGCGCCGCAAGGGUCGUCCGUGAGGAGGAGCCGGCCCUCGCGGUGUGCGUACCGGGGCCCGGAACCGGGGCAACAUUGGCGGAGAUGUGACCUCUCCUGGCUCACGGCCUUCCGUUCUCGGACGAGCGCCGUCAACGACUCGCGCAUAAAUCCACGAUGCGAUGCGUUAGCAAGGAGCAGGACUCGUGUCGGUGCGGAGGAAGAAAGGAGACGAACGAGCAGUUUGUCGCGGAAUAACGGCCAAACCGGCCCCGCAGCAGGGCUGCUCUCGUGACCGUACUCAGGGUCAUCGUGUUGCGCCAAGGAGUUCAUUCCGGCAAGGGGCGGACAGCUCUUUCGAGAGUUGCGCCGCACGUUCGUAAAUGGAAUAUUGUUGACGCAUUCCGGGGUGCGUUUGCACGCGAGGACCAGUUCGGUGGAAGUAUGUCGUGGCAGGUAGCGCGGCUCAGAGGAAACUACCGAACACCAAGGCGAGGUCGUUACUCGAUACUUUAUCCCAUGCCGACGUCAACUACGUCUACGUGUAAGCGACGUCGAAUGUAACACUGCCAAAGCCGUGCGAUUAAAAGCAAGGCUGACGAUUUGUGAUUUGCUGGAAAAAAUAAAAGAAAAAACGUUUUUGCGUUUGGAGAUUAUUACACUGUAGGAAAACAAGAGAUUGGAGAGAAGAUGGAAAAUACUGCCAGUUAUCGUUUUUCUACAAUAGACAGGAUCCCUUGACACUUUAGAGAAUUUUAAGAGCAAAACUUGUUUGCUGUUUUUUUUCUUUUUUUUUGAACAAACCAAAAUGUUUUCUAUUUACGUUAAGGAAACGGUCGUGUAUACGACCGCCGUUGUCGUGCGCCCGGCCUUUCUCCCUGCCCGACAAAACCGAGGACAAUCAAGAAAACACAAAAAGGGAAGAGCGGGGGCCGAAGGGGAAGAGGACUGCGUUACUUUGCUAAAUUAGAAUGUAGAUGAACAGAAAUAUAUAUUUAAACGAAGAGCUCCUAUUUGUAAUCGUCUUUUAUAUCGCAUACCUUUGUCAUUGUAUGCUGCUGUUGUUGCUACCGGUGUGUCCUGGAACCGAGAGGAUAUUGUAACGCAA